AUGUCUUCCAAAACCAAUACCUUCAAGUUCGAAGCUAGUUCUCCUUUUCCCCUCUCCAUUGCGACCAACAACUCCAGACUUACGCUUACCUCCCUCCCCCCUGAACUGCGGGUCAUGAUCUACGAGCUUGUCCUCGUCAUCGACAAACCAAUCGAGAUCAAGUACCACAGGGACAUCGUCCGCGAAACCGGCAGAGAGCCGUGUCUCCCAGAGCCGAAGCAUUACCUGGCUGCGCUCCUGCAGGUCAACAAGCUGAUCUAUGCCGAGGCGGCUCCCAUCCUUUACUCCCGCAACACCUUGGUCUUCUCCAAUGGCCUGGUCGACGCCAUAGACCCUCCUCUUAGCAACAGGCUUCGGUCUUUCAUCAUCACCACCCCAAGCUAUCUCCGCCAGUGUGUCCGCCACAUUGUCAUCUUGACAUACCUGCCGCGCCGAGGGUGGGUGCGCUGCUCGACGGAUCCGAACCACCAUGAGGAUCUGGAGCUCUGUGAGAUGAUGCAUCGGAUAGUUGCUCAUCUGCCGGGGGUGAGGAAGUUGGAUUUUGAUUUCGACGGGCCGUAUGGUCCGCCGGUGGGGAACCGUAGGAAGACUGUGGCGGUUAAGGGGUCGGAUAAUGAUAGGAAGCUUAACGAGUUGGUGGCUAUUUUGAAGGUCGGAAAGGUAAAAGGUGUUGGAUUAAGAUCCUCAGGAUGGUUGAACUUAUGGGAGCUUCGUGAAUCGAAUUGGAGUAAAGUUAUUAGUAGUCCGAGUUAG